CCUAACCGCCUUUCGGCCAUGCAAUAAAAAUUAUCAAGUAAUAAAAAAUAAAACAAAUGGAAAAUCCCGGAGAAACGGUCGCCCGGAGAAAAUCUCCGACGAAAACUAAAUGGUUCAACUUUCGAGUGCUGUCCCCCACAUCGGCGAUUCUCAGGGGCUCUUACUCAAUGACCGAUAAACACUUCAAGUUCCAAAGUCGUGGUAAACAAGGAACAGCAACUGCAGUGAUGGCAAUCGUCCUGGGAAGCAUCUGCGAGGCGAAGAUGUGGACUAAAUCUGACGUCGAUGGAGUCCUCGAAGCCGGUGAUAAACUCUACAGAACCAGUCAGACUCGCAACAAAAUCGAUCCCUCGACGUACAUGACGACGGACAUGAUUUACCCAGAAUUUUUUUUCAAGGAUUACAAAUGUCUGAUCUCGACCGAGAGUAAAAAUGUCUACGGGAACGUCUUCGCCGAGAGCGUCGGUUGCCCGGAUUUUUCCGAUGGACUCACACGUUUCUUCAGAACCGAAAACUGCUGCGUAGUAACAGCACAGGGUGCGUCGGUGGGAAUUUGGCAGUCCACCAACAUCGGUUAUUUCUACUUCGAUGGUGCUCCAUGCAGUGGAUCAGGUGAUCGCUGUUCAGAUGGUGUGGCCUGCCUGAUCCACUUCAAAUCCCUUGAACCCCUCCGGGACCUUUUCCUCCGGAACCUCAACAGGAGGCAGGACUCGCGCUACUGCAUCGACAAGAUCGCAAUCCUUCGUGUGACACGCAUUAACCGGUGGCCCGCCUUCUCCCCGAAGUCCCCGGAGCCGGUCCGAAGGUCAGAGAAGGCGAUCGACUGCACGGAGGCCCUUUCGAAGCCCGACAAGCCCUUAUCAAUUGUUAUAAAUAAAGAACCGGUAGUGAUAACGCUCUCGAACUACUCCCUCGAUCGAAAAUUCGCGGCGAUUCCCCUGAUCAAUCAAAACGCCUUUGACACCGGAUAUCCGUACAAAGACCUCGAGGUCAACAUCCCGUCGACCUUCAAGGCCCUCUCCAAGGGCAUUUCAGUGCUGCACGGUUGGACCCAUGAGUCCAGUGAAAUGUACAAAGGAAAGGGCGCGCAGAACGUGGCGAAUUGCUUGAUGGCCAUAGCCAUGAAGGCCCUUAACGACCCUAGAGCGUGGUUGAGGGAGACCCUGGAUCAGGUUCUCACCCUUGGAGACGCCCUCCACGCGGAGACAAAACUCGCGAAGCCGAACCUCAAGUCCCUGACGGCCGCGGAUUUCAACGAGACUCGAGUGAAAAUCGAGGGCAAGAGGAUGUUCGUCAGUGUCGAUUUGAUGACAGCCGUUGGAACUCUGAACUCGAAAAGCCCUUCUGUUUUGAACCUGAAACAGGCUCUGGAGGAGUUCUUCGCGGAGCACACGGAGGGAGUUUUGGAGACGUCAUCGGUGGCGGUUGCCGUCUGGACGCUGGGCGACGGUUAUUUUUAUUCGUUUGACCCUCGGGAGUGUGACAUCGCGGGGGUGCGGGUGGUGGAGGAGAAAAAAUCGGGGAAGGGGGGUAAGGAGGGUAAGGAUGUGGCGACGGUGAAGGUUAAAGGGAAGUGCUGUGUUCUUCGGUUCUCUGACGUCGAUGAUUUGGUUGGACACUUUUUGGGGAAUGUCAGUCCUCUGAAGAAGAACGAUAGGUUCACUCUGCGACAUGUUUCGGUGGUGGAGGAACUCCCGGGGGUACGACCUUGGUUCGAGUUUAAGCCGGAGGAGGCGGGGAGGACGUGGGUCCUGCGUGGGACCCUCACCUCUGACUCAGAGGAGCUGGAGGAGGCCAAAGCGACGGGGAUGGCGCUUCCUGUGGCCGUGCUGAUUACCGCUUCGGAGAUUCCUCCACACGUAUGGACUCCGGAGACUGUCGACGAUGUCCUCCAGGAGGGGAACGAAUACUUUGCCUGGUGUAUUCCUCCUGAGAGGGAGGACGAUCGUGACUUGACUCUUGAAAGGUUGAAGAAAGUGCUCUUCGUGAAGGGCAGGAGGGUUCAGGUCAAGGUGGAGGACUCCGUGCUGGUGCAGAAAUUACAGCUUGAGAGCCUUUUGGAGGAUAACCUCGUGGAGGGAAUCUCUGAGUUCUUCAGGACAAAGCAAUUUGGAAUCCUGCAACUCGGGGAUGUAUUGGUCCCUGUGUGGAGGUUCGAGGAGGAGCUCAAGGAUAAAACCAAGGUCAUGGGGUAUUACUGUUUUAACCUGACUUCCGAUAAUGCCGGGGACCUGGAGGAGACGGCUGCAGGUAGAGUCAUCCGUGCGGUUAAUCCUGCGGAAAUUGCAAGAGUAAUCGCAGCGCGGAUCGAUCCAGACGCGGAGGGAACGGAGUUCUUUAUUCAUGGGUUUGAAGUUCUAGGGAUCGGGGAGAUUCUCAGCCCCGAGGAUCUGGAAAACGAGAUGAAGGCGCCUAUCAUGCCCGAACUGAAUUCUUAUAGAGAAGUAGAUGACGGUGCGUGUAUAAAUGGGAGUUUCGAUCAGGCGGAUGUAACGAUUUUUAAACAAAAAACGAGAGACAAGCAGCAGGCGGCGAACGCCCUUACGGCCCUGGCGAUGAGGCAAUUCUAUAACCCGCACCUGUGGUACCAGGAGGUGGUGGACGAUAUCCUGAAGCUCGGAGAUCAACUGACGUUCGUGAACCUUGGGAACCUGGAGGUUGGCGAAGAGGAGGAGGGUGGGGAGGAGAUGAUCCGGAGGGAUUACCUUCGACCCUCCGAGAUUGAAGACACAUUCUCCAUCGGUGUCAACAAGUUCUCCCUGAACCUGGAGGAGGAAAAGAUGAAGAGCCCUCCGUCGGAGCUCCCUCAGGUCCUCGAGGAGUUUUUCAACGAGAACUCCAUGGGAAUCGUUCGUCAGGGCCGUGUGAUGCUGCCAAUCUGGCAAGAGGGUGAUGUUUUCUUCACGAUGGAUCCCAGGAGUCGUCAAGACGAUCCCAAAAGCACUGCUUCUGUCUCCUGGUUCCUCUCGAUUCCCUCCCUGUCCUCCAGCCUCCUUCAAUCCAUCCAGAAUCCCAACGAAGAACUUUUGAUCGAUGGAGUGGAACUCGAGAACGAGUUCGCGUCGAGAAUUGCGGAGGAGACGGACGCCGUCACCGAGGACCAGUGGCAUGGGUUCUUGAAGAAGAGAGAAGACCUCUGGGAACUCUCAGGGCCGCUCUCGAUCACCGACGAGAAGUUUCCGGAGGAUAUGAGGGGUAAACAAACACCGGGCAUCGCAGUGGUUGCUACGAUAUUUUCGAAAAUCUACGAGCCUCAGCACUGGACGCCAGAGAUCAUCGAAGAGGUCGUCGUCACGGGGAACAAACUCUACGAGAAAUCCGCGGCUCGGCUGGGGGAGGGAGAGAACCCCGGAGUAAACGACAUAAUCACGGAGUUCUUCUUAUCGAAUCGUCGAAUAAACCUGAUGAUCUCCGAUUGCGUUCAGGCGGGAGCGAUUUUUAAAGGGGAUCCCAAGGUUCCGGAUCUGGCCAGUGGAGUGGAGAAGUUCUUCCAGGAUCACCAGUGCGGGGUGUUAACCCUUCAGAACUCCACCCACAUCCCCCUUUGGAAGUACAAGGAAUAUUUUUACUAUCUCUUGCCGCUGAAUAAUGUCUCAGUCCUUCGAUUCACGAGUCCGGAGUCCCUGUCCUCCCACCUGGUGGAGAUGUUCCCUGAAGGGGACUUUGAGAUCAGUGGAGUCGAGGUGGUGGAUUGGAACAAAUUGCCACCCUGGAAGCACGACCCCAGUGUCGCUGUUCGUCCGAAAAAUCUUCCUCCUCUGAACGCUUUUAAACCUCUAGAGGGUGACGCCAGGGCGAUCUUGAGUGGCAGCACUCACCAGGGGUCCGAGAUCUUCCCCUGGGGCAUCCGGGACAAACAGACGUCUGCAAAUUGUGUCGUCGCCCUAGGGAUGGGAGUCAUCAAAGAUCCUAUAACCUGGACGAAGAAAAUUCUCGAUGAGAUUCUCGUCGUGGGAACGAGCCUCCACGAGGAGAGUGUGAAAUUCGGGGGGAGGGAGGGUAGGCUCAGGGCGGAGGAGGUAGUGAGAAUAUUUCACAUAGGGAAGAACGUCCUGACUGCCGACGUUGAGGUGGAGACGGUGAAGGGCCAGGUAGCACUGCCACCUCCAGAGCCCGAAGUUAAGGGCAAGGGAAAGGCCAAGAAGAAGCCACCGAAACCCAAGAAGAAAAAGGGCAAGCAGAAAAGAGCGCCGCCUCCACCACCACCAGUUAUUUUCCUGGAGGAGGGGCUCGGGAAAUUCUUUGAGGGGAAUCGCGCGGGAGUUCUCACCACUGGUAAUUACUCAGUCGCUCUCUGGAGGGAUCAGGGUGUCUUCUUUAUGUUUGACCCGCGAUCCAGGGAUAACCGGGGACUCGUCGCCGACUCGGGUACUGCCUGCGUCAUGUGGUUUGCAUGCCUCGAGCCUCUCUAUGACGUUAUCUUGGCGAACCUCGAGGGGGAAGAAAAAUUCGGGCUGUACAGGAUUAACAGAGUCAUCGUCAGGAGGAAUCUCAUUGAGGGGCUGCCUGCACCGGCUUUUGAUUGCAGCAUGACUCCUGGACUCUUAGGCAGUGAGAACAUUGCCUCGAGGGAGUUCAAUCCUCUCGACGAAGAGGUGAGUGUUCUCCUGGGUAACAUCAGCAUGUUCCAACGGGGAUUGCACUCGAGGGGAUUCCAGAGCACAGCUAUUGCUGUUGUUGCCAUCGUGAUGGCAGGUCUCCACGUGCCAUCGACCUGGACACCUGCCAUCGUCGAUAGCAUUGUCAGAGCGGGGGAUGAACUCCAUCGGGACAGUGAGAGGAGCGCCAGGGCUGGCGCCAGGUGUCUCUCACCCUCGGAACUACUCACCUGCUUCGUCGUGGGUGAUACCAAGGCUCGCGUCAGCAUUCAUCAGCAUACAGCAGCCGGUAUUGUACAGGUCCAGGAUCUCACCGAGGCCUUGGGGCUAUUUUUCAGGCAUCACUGCACCGGAAUUCUACAUACACCGAAUUUUGCUGUUGCUGUUAUGCAGCACUGUGGAAAAUUUUACCUCGUCGAUGCAGCUGUCAGGAACAGUCAGGGGAGACCUGAUUACUCUGGGGGUGCCUGCGUCAUCAGGUGCGAGAGAAUUGUGAGGAUUGCACGGGCUUUUGUUAGUAAUUGCAAUUAUAAAGUCCCCAGUGUUUAUACGCUCAAUGCUGUUGAUAUCCUGGAUCUCAAAUUCUUGGCAAGUGAACAGAGUUGUGCAUCUGGAUGUUAAAAACAAUUUUUCAUUGCAAACGUAAAAUUAUAUUUAAUUCAUUGAUGAUUAUUGGUUGAUUGCUUUUAUAUUUAUGGGUAAAUGCUGUAAAAAUAUAGAGGAUUAUAAUUUUUAAACGAUA